GGGGCUGCUUUGUCCAGUUAUGAAACUUUCCACUGUGCUAGUUCUCUGCUGCAGUUUUUUCUCUAGCAGAGCUAGCCCUCUCCCAACCCAGGAUGCAGACUGUGAUGACCCUGAUAUCUUUGAAGCGGUGGACAUAGCACUGAGAAAAUAUAAUGGAGACAAAACAGAUGGCAACCAGUUUGCUCUGUACAUGGUGAUGGAAGCUAAGAGAAUAGCGGGCUCUGGCAAACAGUUCUUUGUGAUGUACCGAAUAAGAGAGAGCGCUUGUGCUGUUGGGGGAGAUAAACUCUGGCAAGAUUGUGAUUACAGAGCAUCUGCAGAAACUGAAUCAGGCGAAUGUACAGCUCAAGUUUAUGUUGACAAGACUGAGAAAAUCAGUAAUGUUACACAGGAAUGCAAAAUUAUCCCAGUUGAAGGAAAGGUGAUUCUUUCCCGAGUCCAGUGUCUUGGAUGCUAUCAUCCCAUACCGGGGGACAGCCUACAAUUGUUACCCAUUUUGAGAUAUUCUAUUCGGAUCUUUAAUAAUCAGAGUGAACAAUCUUCUCUUUUUGAAGUUGGUGAAAUAAUAAAAGCCACCAGGCAGGUGGUGGCUGGAUGGAAUUAUGCGGUUGAAUAUGAAGUCAGGGAGACUAACUGCACCAAGAAUAAUUUUCAGGAUUUAAGUCCAGAGUGCAAACCCAUUGUUGGAGGUCAUGUAGGUCGCUGUGAAGCCAAGGCCUAUGUGGAUCUUACUAGCACAAUUGUGGAUGUUGCACAGAAAUGCAAGUUUCCAGUUGCGGAAACUGUAUCUCCUCACAUUUCCAUUUGUGCUGGCUGUCCAAGGCCCAUCCCAACUAACAGUACAGAAUUGGAGGAACCACUGAGGGCUACCCUGGAGAAGUAUAAUGCAGAGAGCAAUGAUGACUUCUAUUAUAAAGCUGAAGUAGUAUUAUAUGCCACAGUGCAGGUGGUUGCUGGAAAAAAUUAUAAUAUAACAUUUAAAAUUAGGAAGACAAACUGCUCAAAGACAGAUGUCAAGAAGCUGAAUGAAGAUUGUGCAACUACAAUAGACAGCAAACCUUUGCUAUGCACAGCACAAGUUUAUGUGAUACCCUGGACAAAGACAAUACGCCCUAAGGUUAGCUGCACCGAAGAGGAGAAUCUACUGAUGAGAAGGCCUCCAGGCUUUACUCCUUUCCGAUCUCUAGCUGUGGAACCUAAAACUACUCAAUACACACCCCAAAUUAAAAAUGAAAAGGGACCUAGAAAAGGAGAAGGCCCUAGCAAAGGGCCAGGAAAAGCCAUUAGGCAUGAACCAGCACAUAAACAGGGGCACAGACAUGAUAUUGAGCACGGACCAGAACAUGAAAAUAGACGUGGACAUGGACAUGAGGAUGAACACAGGCGCAGACAUGAUAUUGGGUGUGGACCAGAACAUGAACAUGAGGAUAAACAUGGACGUGGGCAUGGGCAUGGAAAACAUAAGGAUAAGCAAAAGAAGAUAAAGGACAAAUGUAAACAUUCAACAGAAGAGUCUUCUGAAGAAUCCCAUGACAAGGUCACAAACCAAAAGGAAAUGCUGCUAGCUGUAAUAGCUGAAAUACCAGGAGGUACACAAUCUCAUAAGCCUGAUCUGGUAGAGCUAGAUGUGCUCUCUAGAACUCAGCAGCCCACAACAGAUCUAACAGAUGGUUUUACUGAGAUCCCUGAUCUCCCUGCAGAACCAGACAGCCCUGGAAUUAUUCCUGAUAUUCUUUUAUUUGGUGGGUUGCCAGAUCUCCCAGAACCAUCUGUCCCAAAGUGUCCUGGAAAGCCAUGGAAACCAAUCACAGCCCUCUCAACUACUACUAACAAACCUAAAGUACUGACAAAUGAGGAUCUUUUACCUCAUCUAUCUGAAGACACGAACCCAGAGACAGAAAAAUACACACUACCCCCCCAGGACUUGGAUGAUUUUAACCUCAUGGAUUCUCUACUGUAAUUCAAACAGUUUAUGGUCCAUUUUUUUUAGGCAACAAACAGAAAAUCAUAAAAAUUAUUUUCUUUAGAAACGUAUAAAAUUGUAGAGCAGUGGUUCUAAUCUUGUUAGCUAUGAUACUUAAGAGGGUCACCAGCAGUUUUCUGGAGCAAUUGAGAGCAUGAGCCAGUUCUCUGUACUUGACUCUCCCCUUACACAGGUGUAGAUCAGGAGUAACUCCAUUGAAAUCAAUGAGUUAUACUGGCAUAGAAAAAGUAUAAGUGAGAGGAAAGUCAGGCCGCUUUUCUCUAGUUUUCUGCUGAAGUAGAUUUAUUCAGUUACUUGCAACUCAUCAUCCUCACCUCAGAUGCCAGAAACACACUAGGUACUGCACGGAUUCAAACACUGCAUGUUUGAAACAUCGUGGGAACUGGUUCAAAAAAUUCUGGGAGUCAUCUGAGGAAACCCUGUCAAAUGAAGCUUGAAAAGAAGGCACAGUAUGAAACAGGGUGAGAAUCGCUUCCUUAGAGGUUUAAAACCAUAUUUUUCAUCUCUGCAAGCCUGACAAAUUUUUGGAGAAUACAAAAUAACAAAAUAAAAGGAAAAUGUA